AUGAAGCAGUGUCUGACCUUGAGUCCAGAGGAUCAGUGUCCAGAUGAAGACGGGGAUGAAAGUCAUGGUCGAUUCAUCGUUGUUGCUGAUUCGGCCAACAACUGUGGUAUCAUCUGCAUACUUGAUGAAGACGUUGGAGUUAUGUUGCGGAACACAGUCAAGGGGCCAGCUGACUUACGUGGAUCUACUCUGAUCAGUGCUGAGUGUACCUCUGUUGUGGAGAGUGAUAUUGGAAGAUCAGCCAUGGAGGAGUCAUCAUUCCUGGUGUGUAUGACGCCCUGGUCAAAGAAUGUAUCACUGUGGUGGACUUUUGGUGGAGGAACCAAACUGUCUGUGGGCCGUGUCACCCAGCCCAGUGUGACGGUGCUGCCCCCCUCCAGUGUGGAGCUGCAGCAGGAGAAGGUCACACUCAUGUGUGUGGCCUACAAGGGCUUCCCCUCGGACUGGAAGUUGAGCUGGAAGGUUGAUGGCAGCAGCUGGAGCUCGGGGGAAAGCAGCAGCACCUCCGUUCUGAACGCUGACGGCCUCUACAGCUGGAGCAGCACACUGAGCCUCCACCGGGAGCAGUGGAGGAACAAGGUGGUGACCUGUGAGGCCUCCAAAGACAACCAACCUACUGUGGUGAGCACAGUGAACACAGAGCAGUGCUCAGAGCUGUGAGAUCACACACACUUUACUCAGCUCACCUUCUACUGCUUCACUGUGUGGUACAUGUGGCCUUUACUGCUCAAAUCAUCCUCUCUCAUCAUUUCAUUUGUGUUAUUAACAUGUGAGCUCACACACUCCUCAGUUUAAC